AUGGGCAACAAGAUGAGAUCAAGCACAGCAACAGCGGUUUCCUCUACGAUAUUCGCUUUGAUGUGUGUUAUUAGCCAUGGUAAGAAUUUAAUUGAAUUGUGUCGAGUAUUGUUUUUAUGGGGUGUAAGGGUGUUUUUUAGGAAGUGAUGUUAGAGUUGCAAUGCUUCAAUGCUUCGAAAGCAAUCGACUAGUUUCGUGCAAGUUCUCGAUGCGAGGAUACAUUUUUUGAACAAGCGACGUGAAGCACAGCACAUUAUUACUAAAUUAUUUAAAAUCUAAUACUUUUAAUAAGAAUUACCUAUCCACCAUCCUGUUUCAGUUUCUUUUAUUUGAAAAGCACUGCAAAGAUUUGUAACUAGUGGACACGCAACUUCGAAAUCAAUGCUUCAACACCUCAAUUAUUCUGGCUUUAUGUAGAUACGGUUGAUUAAGGUAUCUAACAUAUUUUUUUCCCAUCUCAGUCGUAUUUUGGUGAUAACACUGUCAUUUCAAUCUGCGGUCGAAGAAGUAAGCAUCCAGUUUAUUUCAGUUUUUACACCUUCGGUAUUAAAAGUGAUGAAUAUUUAAGAAAAAAGCUAACCCUGCUUCAUUUAAAUGCAAGAGAAAAACGAAACUUUAUCGAGCAACAAUAGCUAGUUUUAGAACGUUUUUGGUAGGUUUAUACGAAAAAACGUUAAUUUACUAUUUGGAAUUGGGUGAUCCAUCAGUAGUGGAAGCACAACGAUACUGAAGUAGAUCUUAUUAUUCGAGAGUUUUCUACACUCAUCGGCUUUCAGCUUAGUCUGAGGGCCAUCAGUAAAUAAAAAUAAAGAUUGCUUUACGCAUUACUUACAUUUUUGAAAUGAUACAUGUAUAUCAAAUGUUAAAUGGGAAAAAACAAGUUGUUCAUAAUCGAAUGAGUUGUCAAAUGACAGGCAACCGCUAUGUUGAUAUUAGAUGUCUAAAGAUGACACACAACAAGUCUUUCAAAUAAACCCAUCUUGACCGUGUUAGACAAAAGGAGCAAAAAUGUUUCCACUUUGGUGGACCCUAUGGUAGAAUACUACCCUUCCGACCGCACAAACAGUGAAUUUGUUCAAUAGUACAACAGAUUUUGUUUCUUAGAGGCGGUAUUUGCGUUGUUAUAUACCUGAUAUACUCAAGUGUUGUACUGUCUGUCGGCCGCCCAGAGUUAUAAAGAACAACAUGGUUUCAAUUUUUCCGUCCAUUGAAUCUCAAUGAUAAAGUUUGCAAAGUUCUGCCUAUUUUUUCGCAGUGUAAGGUUUUAUGUAAAGUUUGGCUAGUUUAUAUUGAGUACAUAUUUGAAAAUCAGUAACUCUGAAAGACCGUAUCAUGCUCAGUCUAUGCUCAAGCGUAAAUCGUUUAUUGUCUAAUUUUGUAGUUGUAUAUAAUUUCUUUUUUUAGUUGCAAACUUUAUGGUAAUUCGAGUUUGCUUUGAACACUGCAUCCAUUAGUAUGUAUUGGUGAAAGCAAUGGAGCGGCACACCUCCCUUGAGCAGACAGGAUGCAAGACUUUGAGAUAACAAUCGACCGGGCAAAUUAAUUUGACGACUUAAGCGGAAUUAAUAACAUAAGAAACAUUUGUCCUAUCAUUUGACUAUUGACCAUUGAGCUGCAGUUCUUCCCAUAUCAAGGGACGUGUCUAGUCAAGGAUAUCGCCACUGAAUCCGUUGAACGUUGUUAACCCGGCGGUAUAUUCUUCUGUUUUGCACUCUAGAAAACAGAUCCUAGGAUGACUUCGCAAACAGCCACAAUACAAGUGAAUAUAUGUUUCGUCUAUAAUUGCAACGGUGCUCUUCAAUGCAUCGUGUGAUGUCCUCGAGGCAUCUGGCUGUAUCGUAAUUUCAUAGUGACUAAAAUGUUGAAGAAAUGUUGUGUGUUUGCGAGCAUAUAUAAUAUAGUCCUCUUUAACAUGUGUAUUUAAGCCGGCUUAGACUGACUGCAUGAGAGAGUGAUUCACUGGCAAAUAAAAUUGCACCAUUACUCUAGAAUAAACUAGAAAUUCCAGUACCAAAUGAGGCGUAGCUGCGCGGGCAGUGAAAAAUGUGGAAGUCAUUCUAGAACCAACAAGUCCCUUUUCUUGUCGGUAAAUCACUAACUAGAAGCCUCUAAGCCUUUAUUAUUCAAACGGAAUUCUUUGAAAGGUUAAAGCAUGGAGCUAGUUGAAUUCUUAAUUGAAAAUAGCGUUCAUAUCCAAGUUCAUCUUGUGCACACGUCCUCCAUGAAAACGUUGUAUUUAAAGUUUAAUGUCGUAGUCGUAAAGUAGACGUCGAAGAAAUGUUUCAAAAAGCGUAAAAAACUUGCUUUGCUUUUUUUUUACUCAUAAAUCCAAUAGACCUUGUCACGGUUUUCGACGCCAUCUUGACGAGUAGGCAAACGCGUGAGAAAUUAUACCCUGCUAGGAGUGAAGCUUUAGUUUACAAAUCAUAUUUUUUUCACAACAGCCGUUCUAAGGAAAUUAUUCGACAUUAGAUUCUCAUACAAUCCCUGUAAUUUCUCACGCGUUUGCCUACUCGUCAAGAUGGCGUCGAAAACCGUGACAAGGUCUAUUGGAGUUUUGACAUUCUGGUUGUCGUCGUCGUACGGUCGUGGUCCUUUAAGUACUUACACUCAAGAGGCGUGUUUUGUUUAGUGUAAGCUCAUUCUCUAAAAAAAUGUAAAAAUGUAGGGGUGGUGGUAGGGACUUGUCGAAAGUUUAAUGCCCAUGGGAGGCCUAGGCCAAGACAGCAGGGAUCUGUGAGAGUGAACCUUCGUGUCAAGACAAAAAUUAAACAUAAAAAUAUUCAGUGACUUUUCGAGGCAGAAAAAAAAUAUUGACAAUGGACGGAUCAUUGCGGUGUUUGGAGUCUGUUGGAGUCCAUUAAAAAAAAAGGCUGGAACAAGUUUUUACAGUUGUACAGUAGCAUUUCUUCCUCUUAUCAUAUGCAUGUCAAUGAUUUUUUGUUUAUAAGUUAGAUAUUUUUAAAAAGCUGGCUGUAAUAUUAGUGUGGACGGCGAUAUAUUUUUCGAUUGAAGUGAAAGAAAGAAGUUUCUGAAUAGUUGCACCAAUGACACUGUAAGUUGAGUGGUAUAAAUGGUCACGAGUUGCACACGUGGUGAUUCGGUGCAGGUGUCGUGUUUAUGCAACUGGUAGGCAAUCCUAUAUCCUAGAAAAUCAAAUCAAUCUUCAAAUUGAUAAGGCACCGAUCAAGUCGUCUCGUUUCGUGAGCUGUACCAAAAUUAUUAACAAAAACAGAGAACCUGUUCCGACAUCAUUUUAAAACAACGUAUCAUUACCUGGCGAAGUUUAGCUCAAUUUUGUUCGCGCCAUUUUUGAGUCCGCGACACUUCACACUAAUUAGCUAACUGAUCCAAAUUUAGCUUUUGUCUCUCUCGAAUUGCUAUUAGUAUUUCCCGAGGCAGGCUCUGUUUUGACAGUGGAGAAGCGUGAUUUUACCGAUAAGAAUGUCAGUAUGUAUGUCAGUAAUUUCCUAGCAUCCAAACUGCCUGCGGGGCUAUGGGGGCUAAGCACGGAAGACUGAAAAUGAACCCAGAGCUCCUUAGAGAGCUGCUUGUAGGCUACCUGCUGCUUCAAUCGAAUAGCCUUCGUCGCGGACGAAAUCAAAUCCCGGUUAGUAACGUCUACGAAUUAACGCCGAUAUCCUCAUUCUGGGCCCCAAACGGACUCAACGAAUUACAGGAAACGCGUGAAUUUCCCUUCAACCUGAUUGGCAAAUCCGGCGACGAUGGAUUUUCUAAAGGGCAAAUCAUGGUGCGUACUCAAAUCCUGGUACACAAGUAAGGGCCCAGAACAAGGAUUUUGGCGCUGUUUCGCAGACGAAAUUAACUAGAAGUUUAGUUCCCUCUGUGGCGCAGGCUAGGAUAACAAAACUCUUGUGUGUUUUGUUUCAGUGUUGGGCUCCGAACUUUACUGCUUUUCCUGCUUUGGCUUUAACAAAGAUGACUCGAGUAAAUGCCUCAGUCGAGAGGCCGGUAACUUGCAUGUGCGGAAAUGCACAACUAAUUCAUCUGACUUGCCGGCUUGUAUAAAGUACACAGCUCAUUAUAAACUACCGCAGAUGAUGGGUGAUAAGCUGGUGUCACCAUUUGUCGAAGUACAUGGCGUCCACUGCGGAACUUCACGACAAUGCUAUUUAAACGAGUGCCCAAAUUUCUGGCCAGAUGAUGUAACAGCCAAGGAGUGCCAAGUGGAUUGUUGCGAUCCACGAAAGGAAGCUUGUGCUGAAAACUUUCCUGUGCCCAACGAUGAUGACAUUAAGAAGUAUAACGAACGCAAUGGGGGCAGUGGUGGGGAUGUAGUGUCUGGACCAGGAUCUGUAAACGAAAUCAGUGACGCGACUAAGCUCAGUAGUUGGUCUGUAUGGCUCCCAAUAAUUUGUUUUGCAAUUUGUAAAUGGCUUAAUCUGCAGCACCUAUGA